CAUGGUUAUUCUUGGCCGUGAUAAAUUUUCCAGUAGCACGAAGGCAGGAGAUGGUCCUCCCGGUUAAACAGUGAUUGGUUAGAUUACUGAACUUCUAGUAAGAAUCUAGUCUAGAUGACCUAAACAACUGACCAUAACUACCCCACAUAAUAUUCCACUGCUGGGAUUUCAUACGGUUGACUGGUCAUACCGGUCAUACUGUCCAACUCAACACUGCUGCUUGUGCCCAUGUUGUUAAGUCACUAUGGCGAAAGUGAUGGAGUUCCUGUUUGGACGGAGGAAAACCCCCGAGGAGAUGUUGAGACAGAACCAGCGGGCUCUGAACCGGGCGAUGAGAGACCUCGACAGAGAGCGGCAGAAACUUGAGCAGCAAGAGAAGAAAAUCAUCGCAGACAUCAAGAAAAUGGCCAAACAAGGACAGAUGGAUGCCGUCAAAAUCAUGGCCAAGGAUCUGGUCCGCACGCGGCGCUACAUCAAGAAGUUCAUCAUGAUGAAAGCGAACAUCCAAGCAGUCAGCCUCAAAAUCCAGACAUUAAAGUCCAACAACAGUAUGGCGCAGGCCAUGAAGGGAGUCACCAAGGCCAUGGCCACCAUGAACAGACAGUUGAAGCUGCCACAGAUCCAGAAGAUCAUGAUGGAGUUUGAAAGACAGAGUGAAAUCAUGGAGAUGAAAGAAGAGAUGAUGAACGAUGCCAUCGAUGACGCCAUGGGAGAUGAAGAUGACGAAGAUGAGAGCGACGCCAUUGUUUCCCAAGUGUUGGAUGAGCUGGGCCUUAAUCUUUCAGACGAACUCUCAAAUCUCCCCUCUACGGGAGGCAGCCUGUCUGUGGCAGGCGGGAAGAAGGCUGAACCCCAGGCAGCGCUGGCGGACGCGGAUGCAGACCUGGAGGAGCGGCUCAACAACCUCAGGAGAGACUGAGGAGGGCUCGGGACCAGGCAGACAUGUAGGAAGUAGAAAUAAAAGCACUGCUAUGGAUGUAAUUGCAACACUAGGAGUAUGGUAUUUACAUAGUUGCAACUGUGUAAUAUCAUACUACUAGUGAUGCAAUUACAUAUGUAACAGUACUUCUACUUCUACUGUAUACAUCUCUGGUUGAGGGGUUGGAAACUGCAGACUUGGCUGUGGAGGCUUUAAUACAGAUCAUAACCGUGUAAAGA